AUUAAGAUACUACAAUGUGAUUGGGAAAUGUGGGUUUGUUCGAUUUUGUACAAAUGGAGUCACUUCAGGCUGCUCUACAUUUUGGAGUGUACCCGAUUCUUUAAGACAUUUGUGGAGAUGUAUUCAACAUAAGGAGAUUAUUAUUAUUAUUAUUAUUAUUAUUAUUAUUUAUAUAAAAGAAACAAUACAUUAAAAUUCCAUACUCAUGACUAUUUAUUUAAAAUGUCAUAACAAAUAUAAUUCUAAAUUUAUUUAUAUUUUUGAAUGUCUAAUGUACAUUAGGAUAUUUUGAUAUCGCUUAUUGUUAAAUAUCGUUGUCAUUAUCAUAAUCUGCAUUAUUAAUAGUAUUGAUAUUAUGAUUAUAAUUAAUAUAAAAAUAAUUAGUAUUACAUUCAAUUAAGAUGCCCGUGCUAAGCAGUAACUUGAAGCAUUCAAUAAAUUUAUCAUUAACCGACCUACCUAUAAAAUUGAGUAAUAAGCAAAACGAAUUCGAUCGUGCGCCUAUAGUGAGCGAAAAGAAGUAUGAUCCCAAAGUUUUAAUAGGAAAUUGGUUUAAUCGUCGCGCAUCUUACAUAUCUUUCUUUAAUAAGUGGACAACACACAUACAAACAAUAUAUAAGCAACAUUAUAAAUCUUAUGAUAUCAACAUAUACAAGAAAUUACCAGAACAAGAUUUAACAAAAGAUUUCGAAAAUUUAACAAAAAUUGAUAUAAAGGAUGCAUUAUAAGUUUGGUGGGACAGUACUUCAAAUAAAGCAAUACAAUUCUGCUGAUGGAGAAAUGAGUGCAAAACUUAUGAUGUUUCACUUAUAAAGAAAAAGUAAGUUUUAUUUUUCUAAAGUGAUAAAAUGAACUUCCAGUGAUUAUGGUUAAUAAAUAGUAUGUAUAUAUAUAUGUAUUACUAAUUGUUUCUAAAGAUUCAUAAACAACAAGUGAACACGAAUGUACCAUAUUUAAGUAACCAUAUUGAUGAUUAUUUAAAUAGUUAUCCAAUUACUUUUAAAAGUUCAAGUAGUAAAAUUGUAAAUUAAAAUCGUUACAUCUAAGAUAUUUUCUUUGUACUAUACUUUUCAAAGAUAAUACUUCAUAUUAUAAACAUAUUUAUUAUUUUUUGGGAAUUAUUCAAUUUGUAGUAUCUUAUUAAUUUGUUAAUACAAAAAUUAAUUAAAUUUGUAUUUUUGGUUAUAUAUAAUAAUAGUACUUUUAUUUUUUUUUUAUUUUAUUGCUUCCCCUUAAGGUUAUAAGAAUCUUAAAAUAAUAUUCUACUUACAAACUAAUAUAACUUAAACUUACAUCUAUUUUAAUCGCGUACCGUAUCAUUACCGCCACUUUACUACGCAUUCAUUUUUUCUCAUAUUUAUUUAUACAAUACGUAUAUACAAUAUGGGAAGGUCAAGAUUAUGAAUUAUGUUUCGUAAUUUAUUUAUUUAUGAUACAUUCUAUAACUCAUUUUUAUUCUUAUUAUUUCAUUUCUUUAAUUCUUCUAUUCUCCUUCUCUCAAUUUAUUGUUCUUAUCUUUUCUUUCUUCGUCCUUUUUUCUUUUUCUUCCUUAAUCUUUUUUUCCCUUUCUUCCUUCAUUUUUUUUUCCUCUCGCUUCGUUCGGGAUUACUUUUUCUACCAGCUCUCUUCAUCAUCCUAUUUAUUGUGUUUCCUCAUCCCCUUUUUUCUUUCUUUGUAUUCUUUCUCUCUUCUCUCCUUUUCUCACAUUUUACAGUUUUUUAUUUCAUGUUACUUCUUUUAAUGUUUCCCUUAUUACGAAAGCAUAUUUUCUCUUUAAUAAAAGUUUCAUUUAACUAAAAUAUUAUUAUAAUUUACAUUUCUGAUUGAAAUACUAAGCUUUAUUACACAAAAGAAGGUAUAUGAAUGUUUGGAAACUAAAUUUUAAUCUGUAAUGCAUUUAAUAAAUUUAAUAAAUUUAUAAAAAAUAUGAAAUCGAGUAAAAGAAAAUAUAAUCUUUGGCAGUUUACAAAAGUGUUGCACACAAUGGAAUUAUAAAUAUUUUCAUAUUUUGUUUACUUCUAAAACAUAUCAGAAGAUAAAUCUUUUUUUUUAUCAAAAACAAGUACUAUAUUAGUUAUUAUUGAAAAUAAAUGUAUGUGAUUGCUGCAUAUAUUGAACAUUCUUUUUAUAAACAUGCAUGCAUAUUCAAAUAAGUCAAUAUUGUAAGAUAAAAACAGAAAAUCCUUAGAGCGAAGUAAACGCAACAAUUUCUAUUCCUAAUAUCUUGAUUGAACACAUAUUGUUUUUAUCACAAAUUUCAUGAUUUAUAGAUGUAUCAAAAUUGUUUUUAUAUCAAACGCAUACAUAUCAUUGCAUGUAUAAAAACAGUACUUUGAUUACAUAUUCCAAAUCGUACUCUGUACAGCAACAUUUCUUAUAUGUUUAUUUAGAUAAUUACGAGGCUCUUAAUAAUACGUUGUGAUAUAUUGGCAGUAUAUGUAAUGUUAUCUAUAGACAGCAAACAGAGAAAUCACAUACUGUAGUCAGAGGUAAUUGUGAAAAAAAUUAAAA